AUGGAUUCAGAAGAGAAAAAAAUACGUUGUCAGUAUACUACUACAUACAGAAAAGAUUUUAUUAAACGAAAACUGAAAGAGUACCCAAAUUUAAAAGUAGAACAAGAGUUUAAGGAUCCUAUGGGUCACGCUUUUGAAACAUAUUUGGAAAUUGAUAAAAAAGAAUUGAAACCUCCAGUUGAGGAUGUGGAUGUUUAUGUAGAGCGAGUAAAAGAUGAUCGGAAGAAAAUUGGUAAAAAGUAUUUUGAACAGCCUCUUGAUCAUAAGGUAAUAACAUGGGAUAAAAUAUUAAAUGGGAAAUCGGUAUAUCAAGUUGAGUAUUGUGAUGUAGAAGGAGACAUGUUGAGAAAAAUGGCCAAAUUGGAGAAAUUAGCUCAUCGCUUGCCGGAUGGGUGGGUAUUUCCUUUGACAACUCAAAAAUACGAUUUUAGAGAUCCCUCUUCACUUACGGAAUGUGGUUUAGAUCGGCCAUCCCCAAUAAAGCCCGUCGAUAAUAUUGUGCCAGAUGAAAAAUUAAAUGAGAUAAUGAAGCUACGUAAAAUCGAUAGUGAAUAUAAUACUGUAAUCGGUAAGUUAGGAAGAUUUAUAGUCGAGAAUGAAAUGCAUGGGAAAAUCGACAAAGUUGAGUAA